UUUGCAUUGAUAUUCUAUGAUUUUAUAUAUUACAGAUAUAUUGCCGGGAUUUUGAAGAUGGCAAAUAAUAAGCGCAAAAAGAAGCAAAAAAAUUCUGACUUCAAAAAAGUCAAGUUCAAAGUGGGUCAAAAACGUCCAAAGGGUGCCAAUGAAACACAGAUAUCGUUUAAAUCCCAAGGAAUUGUUGUACCCUCGAAAGAUAUUGUGAAAGAGGGAAGUCUUACAAACGUAAAGAAACAGACUUUAAAGGAUUUGCUUGUUCAUCUCAACCAUUACAGUGCAACUGUAAGGCAAGAUUCACUUGUUGGCUUGAGAGCCCUUUUUAAGCAACAUGAAACUGAGCUGCAUGACAAUCUUAGUUUAGUGUUAAACUCAAUAUUAGGCAAGAUGACAGAUACCGAUUCUGAUGUGAGGCAUUCACUCUUACUUUUGCUACAACAUGUUUUACCAGAAAUCUCAUCAGAUCAGGUUGCUCCUUUCUUAGCCCUAAUGGUAGCUCACCUAAGCUCWGCAAUGACUCAUAUCUAUAGUGAUAUUCAGCUGAAGUCCUUGGAGUUUCUUUCUCUGAUGCUGGAGCUUUUUCCAAAACAGAUGAAGAAGCAUUCCAAGAAAAUCAUAGACAACCUCUURGACUUGAUUUCACGCGAUAGUAGUAGGAAAUCAAACAAUUCAAGUGUAAACGCUUCUACCGCUGCUGAAGGAAGACUUGUAUCUUCAAUGUCAAAGUUGAAGAUWUUGAAUCAAAUMCUUGCAUGCYUGAAAGUUAUGUAUGAUUUUGAUGAUGCAAGUCCUUUUAAUACAGACCUUUCUGACAAUUUUGACAUGGWACCAAUGUAUUUUGAAGAGGGAAAGACAAACUAUGUUCCAUUAUUUACCAGUGCUAUUCAAGAAAACUCUCUGAGAUUUUCAUUUGAUAGCCAGUUUGAUCUCAAUGAGACACAACAACAAACAACURGAACCAAGGAAUUUAUUCAGAGAAUGAUUCCUUUGCUUUUAGAAUUCUGGAUUGAAUGUAGUCCAUCUCAACUUGCAUACUCUCUGCCAAACAGUGGRGUUUCAUCAUCAAGCAUAUCUGAAAUGUCAACAAUUAUGAGUAUUUUAAAAAUUCUCUUAAAUGUAUUAUAUAAGGAAGACACCUCAAGUGAAAUGAGAGAUUGGUUUGCAGGGUGUUACUUGAAAGAUUUCAAAACUCAUUUCAUGAAGUUUUUCCCAUUUCAAGCUACUUUAAUAGCAAAGACMAAGGGCAAGUCUAAAACGUCAGAUACUAACAGUGACUCUAUUCUGAUGUUGAAUAUUUCUAUCUGUGAAGUCAUGUCUGUAUUCAUGCCAUUUACAACAAAACAUGAAGCUUGGAUGGAAACCUUGSAAGAAUUCAUUGCACAGAUUCUAGAGAGUAAUGUAAGCAAGAUUAAAGUUCAACACCUGAACAGCAUUUUGUUGUUUGUCCAAAAUGUUUUACAAGGGAAAACAAGUGAAGUGGAGUCRACUACAAAGCUCUUGSAGUCUCUUUACAAGAUCUAUCUUUCAAGCCACAUGAUGUCRGCAGUGAAGAUUGAACUAUUAAAGUUCUUUGCUGCAUUGUACAUCAAGUUAAAUGUCAGUGAUKUUGAAGUCUCUGCUCAAUGGAACACAAUUUUGAAUCAGUGGGUAAAAUCUCUUCCAAARUUGAUGGUAAAAUCUAAUGUGUCCAAUCUGGACAUGAUCAAAGUUGUGAUAAAACUGCUGCCGAAGGUGAUGAAUCAAAGCGCUGAUGAUAUUGAGUCCCAGGAAAURCAAAAGAUGCUGUCAUCCUUUUUAAUGUCUGGAGCAUUGUGCUCAUUGCCGAUUCAAAGCCAACGAUCAUUUGCUGAGCUCAUCUUCAGUCUGCCAGUCAUUAAUGAUGGAUUGCUCAAGACACUUGCAUUGUGUUGUAAUAAGAGUGGUAUCUCUGUAGAUGUUGUGCAAUAUGUGCUUCAUAUUCUUCAUUACAGAUCCUCACCAAGCCUUGGUUUAAAGCAAAAACCUUGUGCAGUUUCAGUGUCUUCAUAUCUUAGUUUUCUGUUUAGUAUUGCUGUGGGUAUUUCUGACAAAGAACUAAGCAACCUCCAAUCAAACAGCAAAGAUCAACAAUACACUUGCAUGUACAACCUUCAUGAGGCUGUUUGUAUGAUGUACCAGCAACUACCAAAUCCUAACAACCUUUUAAAUCAAAUGGAACCUCCACUGAAAAGACUUCUGAAAAGCAGAAAGACUUUACCAGUUUGCACAGCAGACAGCAUACUGAAGCUGUUUAAAUGUUAUUUGUGUUUGGCUAAUGCUUCCAAUGAUGCCAGCCAUUCUUCUUUCUCAUCAACAACAAUUAUUGACAACAUUGCAGGGCUUUGUCUGUCAUGCUUAUUUUUUUCAAUAAAAGAGAAUAGUUCCUUUGAGACUGAAGAGCUUAAGUGUCUUUACAAUGAUGUGACAGAGGUUUUAGAAGCUUGCCCUCUUGUGACAAACAAUCUUCUGGAUAUCUUAUCAAGUCAUCUUGAAGGUAGGCUGUGUCGUCUUGCUCAUAUUAAUAAUGGCUAUUACAAGGAGUGUAUGAUCGCCCUGGUUUUAACAAGUUAG